UUUUAAGCAGAGCGCCAGCGUCGCCGAGGUCUUGGCAUGAAGCGCUAGGUCCAGUUUUCCGAGUCCCGCUCCUUUCUCCGGCCCCCGCCGCUGGUUUCCGGUCGGGCUGUGGCGGGGCUCCGCUCGACGAUUGUCAGUUUCCCUAAAAUGGCGGACGGAGGCGACGGAACGGGAGGGGCGACUGGUGUUGGCGGCGCUGCCCCCACGAAGCCCCCGGAGUUUGCUGGGUGGUGGGAUGAAAAGAUGGAUUUUCAUAUUGCCUUUCAUCAACAUUUGGCAAAUGUUGUUCCGGACAUUUAUUUGGAUGAAAUGGAUCCUUUACUGGAGAAGGAGGAGGAAGCAGCUCAGAUGAAUGUCCUCUGUCCUUUAGAGUGGUAUCUGUUUGGGGAAGAUCCGGAUAUUUCUUUGGAGAAACUAAGACAAAGUAGCACUCCUCAACUGUGUGGAAAGGUAUUCAAAAUGGGAGAGACCACAUAUUCCUGCAGAGACUGUGCAAUCGAUCCAACCUGUGUACUUUGCGUGGAUUGUUUCCAAAACAGCAUUCACAAGAAUCACCGUUACAAAAUGAACACUUCCACAGGAGGAGGAUUUUGUGACUGUGGGGAUACAGAAGCAUGGAAGGAUGGACCCCUGUGUGCAAAUCAUGAGCCUGGAGCCACUUGCUCUAUGAAAGAAAACUCUGAAUGUCAGUUGAAUGAAGAACUAAUGGCACAAGCAAGGAAAAUCUUCCCAUCAGUGAUACAUUAUAUUGAAAAUAUGACUACUUGGAAAGAAGAGGAGGAGUUGCCUCAAGAACUUAUCACUAGAUCACAGAAGAUGGACAAAUAUUACUGUGUUCUUUUCAAUGAUGAGCAUCAUUCUUAUGAUCAUGUGAUCUACAGUUUGCAAAGAGCUCUUGGUUGUGAACUUGGAGAAGCCCAGUUGUAUACUAAUGCUAUAGAUAAAGAGGGUAGGAAGGCUGUUAUGAAAGGGACAUACAUUGCUUGUCAGGAAGCCAAAGAAGAAAUAAAGAAACAUUCAAAAAAUGUUUCCCAGUAUCCUCUUAUUGUGAAGGCUAUUCAUAGUGAUGUAAUGGCUCAUCAAAAAUUUGCUUUGCGCCUUGGUUCCUGGUUAAAUAAAAUUAUGAGUUAUUCAAGUGACUUUCGUCAGAUAUUCUGCCAAACAUGUCUAAAAGAAGACAUUAAUUCAAAGAAACCUUGUUGUAUAAGCACACUGAUGCUUUGGGAUGCAAAACUGUAUAAAGGAGCAAGAAAGGUGUUACAUGAAUUGAUCUUCAGCAGUUUUUUCAUGGAAAUAGAGUACAAAAAACUUUUUGCCAUGGAAUUUGUUAAGCAUUACAAAACACUACAGAGAGACUACAUCAGUGAUGACCAUGAGAAGCAGAUCUCUGUGACGGCAUUUUCGGUUCAGAUUUUCACGGUUCCUACAUUGGCACGCCAUCUCAUCGAAGAACAAAAUGUAAUCACGGUCAUCACAGAGACACUACUUGAAGAGCUGCCAGAAUAUCUGGACAAAAAUGGCAAGUUCAAUUUCCAGGAUUACAGCCAAGAGAAACUAACCAGAGUUUAUGCAAUCAUAAGUGAUCUCAAAUACAUUUUGAUCAGUAAGCCUAUAGUGUGGACAGAAAAACUGCGGGAACAGUUUUUGGAAGGGUUCCGGUCUUUCCUGAAGGUUCUCUCUUGCAUGCAGGGAAUGGAAGAAGUAAAAAGGCAAAUCGGUCAACACAUUGAAGUGGAUCCUGACUGGGAAGCAGCCAUUGCUAUUCAGAUACAAUUGAAGAAUGUUCUCUUGAUGUUUCAGGAAUGGUGUGCUUGUGAUGAAAAGUUGUUGGUGACAGCUUACAAGGAAUGCCAUGCAGCAGUAGUGAGAUGUAGUGGAAAUAGCUGUUCAAGGGAGAAGAUGGUAAUUCAUUUAUGUGGCCAUACUCUGGAAAGUAGACAUUUCAAAGUCUCUACAGAUCCUGUCAGCAUUCAUCUGCCUUUGUCCAGAAUGCUUGCUGGUCUCCACAUACAAUUGAUCAAAACUGGAACAAUCUCUAGAUUACAGGAAUUUAUAUGUUCUGAAGAAUUCCAAGUGCAGCUUCUAGUAGAAUAUCCUUUGCGUUGCCUAGCAUUGGUUGCGCAGGUUGCUGCAGAAAUGUGGAGAAGGAAUGGAUUAUCUUUGAUUAGCCAGAUGUUUUAUUAUCAAGAUGUUAAAUGCAGAGAAGAAAUGUUUGAUAAGGAUGUAAUUCUUCUUCAGGUUGGUGCCGUUUAUAUGGAUCCAAACAGCUUCCUCUUGUUGGUACUCCAACGGUAUGAACUACUUGAUGCCUUUAAGAACAUCAUGCCAACAAAAGACCAGGACUUGAAUAAACAGUGUAACACAUUAAUAGAAGAAAUGCUUCAAAUUCUUAUCUACAUUGUAGGAGAAAGAUAUAUACCAGGUGUCAGUCAUGUGACAAAAGAUGACGUUACUAUGAGAGAAAUUAUCCAUUUACUCUGUAUUGAACCAAUGGCUCACAGUGCUAUUGCGAAAUCUUUACCCAAAAAUGAGAACAAUGAGACCGGUAUGGAGAGUGUCAUUCACAAAGUGGCUUUGUUCAAAAAGCCAGGUGUAUCAUGCCAUGGAGUUUAUGAACUGAAGGAUGAGUGCCUCAAGGAAUUUAAUAUGUUCUUUUACCAUUACACCAAGACUCAGCACAGCAAGGCUGAACACAUGCAAAAGAAAAGAAAAGUUCAAGAAAACAGAGAUGAAGCAUUACCACCUCCAACACCUCCUGAAUUCUGUGCAGCUUUCAGAAAUGUGGUAAAAGUUCUGAACUGUGAUGUCAUGAUGCAUAUUCUGAGAACUGUUUUGCAAAGAGCACUAGAACUGGAAAGCCAUUUGUGGACUGAAGCAAUGAUCCAGAUGGUUCUUCACCUCCUUGCUUUGGGUUUAUUGGAAGAAAAGCAUCAGUUAGAGAGGCUUCCAGAAGAAGAAGUGACAUUUGACUUCUACCACAAAGCAUCAAGAAUGGGAAGCUCUGCUUUGAACGCAAUGAAUAUACUAAUGAUUUUGGAAAAACUGAAAGCAAUCCAGCAGCUAGAAUCCCAAAAGGAUAUGAUCAACUGGGUACUACAAAUGUUUGAAACAAUAAAACGUCUGAGAGAGAAGUCUAAUUUGCCAACAGUUGCUAUUGCAUCCGUAUCAGAAUCUACAAAAGUCCACGAGGUACAAAGCACUCAGGACAAGGAAAAGGCUGAGAGGAAGAGGAAGGCAGAAGCAGCUAGGUUACAUCGCCAGAAGAUCAUGGCCCAAAUGUCUGCAUUGCAGAAAAAUUUCAUUGAAACUCAUAAGAUUUUAUAUGAGAACACACAAGAAAUACAAGGGAGAGAUGAUAUAGAAGAAGAAAGCAAUCUACCAACCAUGGACUACUCCAGAAUUGCCUUGGGGCCCCAGCGAGGUCCAUCUUUUACGGAAAAAGAGAUCUUGACAUGUAUCUUGUGUCAAGAGGAACAGGAAGUGAAACUGGAUAGUGUUGCCAUGGUUCUGUCUGCCUGUGUCCAGAGAUCUACUACCUUAACCCAGAAUAGGGGCAAAGGGCUUGACCUUCGAGUAGAUCGUCUCUUCAUGGAUAUUGGCUUGUCAUGUGGAAUUCAUACAGGAAGUUGUGGUCAUGUGAUGCAUGCUGCUUGCUGGCAGAAAUACUUUGAAGCCAUUCAGCUAAACUCUCGGCAGCGUCUUCAUGUUGAGCAGGUUUUUGAUUUAGAAAAUGGAGAAUAUCUCUGCCCACUCUGCAAAUCCCUCUGCAACACUGUGAUUCCCAUUAUUCCUUUGCAGAUACAGAAGAUUAACAGUGAAGAUGCAGAAUUGGUGGCUCAGCUCCUACCUUUAUCAAAGUGGACAGAGAUUGUUAUGGCUAGGAUAUAUGGCUACUACAAGAAAGGUCUUCAAGAAGAAAAGGAAACCAUUCUGUGUGGUAAAGAAAUUGAAAAUUCCUCCUCAGACUUCCACUCUAUUCUGAGCUUUGGUGUUCAGCCUUUAGACAGAUAUUCUAAUAGUAUCAAAGAGAUGGUUGUUCUCUUUGCCACUGCAAUUUAUAGAAUUGGACUGAAGGCUGCGCCAAAUGAAGCUGAUCCACACAUUCCUGUGAUGACUUGGAGCACGUGUGCAUUUACCAUCCAGUGUUUAGAAAAUGUUCUCGAAGAUGAGGGCAAGCCUUUAUUUGGAUGUCUACAAAAUAGACAGCACAGUGGUCUUAAAGCACUAGUGCAGUUUGCAGCUGCUCAGAGAACUACAUUACCACAAAACCUGAUCCAGCAGCAUCUUGUGUGUCUUUUAGGAGUUGUUCUGCCUGGUUUGAAAGUAGAAGGUGCCCCAUCCCUUCUUGAUAUAGAUCUGUUUCAUGUUUUGGUUGGUGCUGUUUUAUCAUUUCCAUCUUUGUAUUGGGAGGAUGCUGUAGCCCUGCAACCUUCACCUAUUAGCUCUGCCUGCAAUAAUCUCUACCUCUUCCAUUUGGUUACAAUGGCACACAUAACACAGAUUAUUCUCACCUCCACAACAGGUUUAGCCAUUUCUUGCUCAGACUAUCCCUCUGCUCAGGCCCAGGAAGACAGUGAAGAGGCACAUGCUGCAGAUUCUUUUAGUAAAGAAAUUUGCAGAUACACAAAUGGUUAUUAUAGACCAGCUGUUCCAGGAUGGUAUUUGUGGGAUUGUAUUAAGAAGGGAAUCUCAUCCUACCUUCGUAGUGCUGCUUUGUUUUUCCAUUAUUUGCUGGGAGUGCCACCACCUGAGGAGCUUUUGUUGGUUUCUGAGGAAAGUCACUUCAAGGCACUUUGUAGUUAUUUGUCUCUACCCACCAAUCUGUUUCUGCUUUUUCAAGAAUAUUGGAAUGUAGUAGAGCCCCUGCUUCAGAGGUGGUGUGCCGACCCUGCUGUAUUAAACUUUCUAAAAGGGGAACGUACUACAAUAAGAUAUCCAAGGAAAAGAAAUAAAUUAGUUGAGCUCCCAGAGGACUACAGCUGCCUUUUGAAUCAAGGCUCUCAGUUCAGAUGCCCGCAAUCUUCAGAUGAUGAGCCCAAGUACCCUGUGAUGUGUUUGUUCUGUGGGACUAUGUUAUGUUCUUUAACCUCCUGCUGCCAGGAGAUGGUGAAUGGGGAAGAGUUCGGACCCUGCACGUUCCAUUCUUCUGAUUGUGGAGCCGGAGUGGGCAUCUUUCUGAAAAUUAAGGACUGCAGGCUUAUGCUAAUGGCAGGAAAAAACAGAGGUUGUUUCUAUCCUGCACCAUACCUAGAUGAAUAUGGAGAAACAGACCCAAAUCUGUCAAGAGGCAAUCCUCUGCAAUUGUGUCGUGAACGGUAUCGGAAACUCCACUUGCUGUGGCAGCAGCACUGCAUCAUAGAGGAAAUUGCUCGAAACCAGGAAGCCAAUCAGAUCUUCUUUGGAUUCAACUGGCAGCUGAUCUGAUUAGCAGUUCCUUCUGUGUGGGAUUACCACAAGUCUCUUGACCAAUCUGACAAGGAGUGAUAAGAGGAAACCACAUCCCAAGCUCAUGUAGUAAAUCAACCAAUUCUGCGCAAGUUAACCUGGUGUGAAAAACACACAUGCAUACAACUUUCCAAAAAUGACUUUUGAGCAUCUAAGAACCACAAAUGGUUCAGUUCUGUAGACACAGAAUGGUCAGUCUACCUUUUGCUGUAGUUAUUUUUCCAAUUGAUUCUGCACUCUGUAUUAUUUCGAUACCCCAAACUGCCUUUUGUCAUUCUUUGAGUGUAACCAGCAAUUCAGAAAUUACAAGUGACUCUUUAAAUGACGUCAGUGCAUCUGGAUGCAAGAAGAAUGUACUUGGACUUACUUAAUGUCUUCUUCAUCCAUGUCUGGUUUCCACCUUCAGCCUAGCAGUACUUGAAAGUCAGUGAUUAUUUUGUCUGCUGCUUACUCUUUGGAGGAAGAAAUUUUUCCAGACAUCUUGUAAGCUAUAGCUGUAGUCUAAGUAUGGAGCAGUGCAAUGAGAAGCGCACUAUGCAGUGUGUCCUGUGGAAUUUGAUGAGGAACAUUUGGGAAAGUGAAACGUGAGUGCCUGUUCACUCUUCACAUCGAUGAAAAAGUAAAGAAAAUUUCCAGUCGAUUUUGAGUCAGAAAUUCAGUACUUUGCUCUUAGGAUAGCCCAAAGGUGACUUUGUGUAAAUGUAGUCCCACUAAUAUUUCAUGCUCCUGUCAUCACAGACUCCAAUAAUUUCACUACCUGCUAACUUUAUCUGACCCUGGUAGUCCAACGUUAUCUGCUGUAAAUUAGAUCUUGCUCACCCAGUGGACCAACCCAUCCCACAGACUGCGAAGGAACAAGCCACUUAAAUAUUCACCUCCUUCCGUGUCAGCAUUCCAUCUGGCGGACAAUGGAUAUUAGAAUAAAUAAAUAAAAAUUGGACAUAAUUUCAGCAUGUUUACAAAGGAGUUUUCCCUGAGUUUCAUGUUCUGGUUCUAUGGAGACUGUACAAUGUCUGGUUGCCAUAUGCGGCGUCAUCUAGCUGUUUUCAGUUGCUGAAGACAUAACUGUGGUUUUUUUUCCUUUUCGAACAUAGGUGCUGAAAUGCUUCAGAACCAUUUUUCCUUCCAUACUGUGGCCAUAAUUAGUUUGGAGGAAUAUUGUGAUAAGAGACAGAACUGUUAUAAAUAUGCCACUUAGAACAUUCACCUUUCAGAGAAUUAUCCUGUCUUAAAUAUUAAACUAUUAAUGUGAUGCACUCAAAGCCUCCCCACCUUUUCUUUUUUAAAUAUGGUUAAAAUUUAAGAUGAGAGAUAAGAAAUAUUAAUUUGUAUGAAAAUAAAUGAUUUCUAAAUUUAAAAAAAGAAGGAAAGUAGACAGCAAAAUCAGAAGGUACAAGAUUUCACUCAGUGCAAGAAUUCUUCACCUCAAUGCACUGAAGGCAGAUCAAAAAAUCUAGGGUGAUUGGGAAUGAUAAUUAAGGUUUUGAAAUUCAGGUCAUUCUUCUAAAAGCCCUUAUUUAUCUGUUUAAGAUUUCCCUUUGCAUUGCAAACAGGAUUUAUAAGCUGCCUUACUUUUAGAAUAUUGCCCUAAAGAUAUGGUGUCUGCCUGUUUUUUCUUGUAAAAAAACAAAUCGUAAAUCCCUCCGCAAAUGACUUCUAAACAGAAGUUUAAAGUUGAUCUCUCUUCCUCCCCCCUCCUCCCAGAAAAAUAUUGCUGUUGAGGCAUACAUGAUGUAUUCUAGAAGUAAUGCACACUAAACUACAACAACAAAAAAGCCAAUGUUAAUUCUUCAGCAAGGGUAUCAUACACCUGUUCAAGUUAUUUUCCUUUUUUCCUUGGCUGUACAUACACUCACAGUGUAGCUGAACUUGUACAGCUACGAUAGAUUUGGCAUGUUCUCAGUUACACUUCUAUGUUAACUCAGGAAGGUCAUACACAACAUCCUGUGUCUUUUUUUAUAUAUAUAUAUUUCCAAUAUAUGAAAUAACUGUGUCCUGGAAAGGAGUACUGAUGUCCUAAUAUUAGAAUAUCAUUGUGCUAAUUAAGAGGCAAGAAGUUUAAAGCAGAGGACGAGGGCAACUUUCACUGUGGCAUCCUCAGCAAUCAAAUCAUAGAUUAAUUCUUGAAAACAGUGGGCAAGAUAUGAUCAGUAUAAUUAUUUCUCUUUCCCUGAAACUGGGCUCAAACAUGCAUAGCACUGCUGGUCUCAAACAUGCAUAGCACAUGUUGCUACUCACUGACACAGAGACAGUGGCCCCAGUUCAGCAGUAUGAAAGCAUAGCAGCUGAGGCUGAGUGUGUGUUGCCCUUUAAAGGAAGCAAGAACGGCAUCACUUGGCUGGAGGGGAGGGGGGUUCAGCCCUCUCCUCUCUAACAAGUAAUUGUUGGGAUUCCAGCUUCCCUUUAGCGUAUUACCUGGUAAUGCAAUUCUGUCCACGGUCAGGUCAGGGUUGUAUUUAUAAUUGCAGUGAAUGGAAUUUCCUUGCUGAAAUAUACAUUUGUUCGAGGUGCUCAGCAUCCGUGCACAUACAGCUCCCAGCUGGAUCAUUGUGCUGGUCAGGUUUUUGUUCAAAUUAUAUUACAAUUCUUCCCCUUUUUGAGGAAAACAGAGGCAAAAGAAGCAAGCUGGUGUCACUUUUUAUGUGUUUUAAUUUCGCUAGCGAAUAUGCUGGAUAAGGAUGGAAGGUCAUUUUUCAUUUCAUUAAUUACUAUGCAGUUUGGUUCACUGUGAAUAUAAUAUGUAUUCCGUAAACCCACAGUGGUAAAGCCACUGAUCUGCAUUAUAAGGAAGAGGAACAGAGUUUAUUUACAUACUUGCAUAUAUUGAUAUUCUCUAAUUGCAAAAAUGUAAAUUUGAGCCUUGUAUAAUGUUCUGGUCCUUUUAAAAAUCUUGUAUAUGAAUAUUUAAAAAGGAAAUAAAGUAAGUUCUUUUAAA